AUGAAUAUCACUGUCAAAUUGGGCCGUAGUGCCCCUCGAUUGGCGCGCAAAUUACCAAGAAACUCAAGAACCUUGUCAACAACACUCAUCCAUCAUGAUUCACCCCCAAUCAAGUCGAUCAUCAAGGGGGAUGCGUCCAAGCCAAAAAUCAUCUUCUCCGGGAUCCAACCCACCGGCGUGCCACACCUAGGGAACUACCUCGGCGCGUUGAAGCAAUGGAAGGACAUGCAAGACAACGCCCGCGAGGCGGACAAGCUCUUCUUCUCAAUCGUCGACCUGCACGCCCUCACCAUCCCAGGCAACGCAGACAAGCUCCGCCAAAACAGGCGUGAGAUGCUCACUUCCCUGCUUGCCAUCGGCCUCAACCCAGAACGGAGCACCAUUUUCUAUCAGGGGAGUGUACCUCAGCAUGCCGAGCUGCAAUGGAUCCUCAGUUGCACCGCUUCAACAGGCUAUCUAUCCCGUAUGACACAGUGGAAGUCCAAACUCUCCACCCUCACCUCCACCCCUCUUUCCUCCUCCUCCCCAGACCCAACAAUCUCCUCCCCAGCCCUCAAACACGGCCUCUUCUCCUACCCAAUCCUCCAAGCAGCCGACAUCCUCCUCCACCGCUCAACCCACGUCCCCGUCGGCUCCGACCAAAAGCAACACCUCGAGUUCGCCCGAGAGUGCGUCACAAACUUCCACUCCGCCUGGUCCACCCACAUCUUCCCCUCCCCCCAAACAAUCUCCCUCGACUCCUCCUCCUCCCGCAUCAUGUCCCUCCAGGACCCCACCAAAAAAAUGUCCAAGUCCGACCCCAACCCCAAGUCCAAAAUCUUCAUCAACGACGACGAGGCGACGAUAAGGAAAAAGAUCAACUCUGCACGGACGGAUAGCAUAAGUGCCACAGUGGGGGAGUACGAUCCUGUCAACAGGCCGGGCGUGGCGAAUCUGCUCGAGAUCUUGGGCGGGUUCACGGGCAAGACGGGGGAAAAGGUGGCGGAGGAGUGCAAAGACGUUACGCUGGCGCAGCUGAAGAUGCUGACAGCCGAUGCUGUUGUUGCGGGGCUGGAGGAGGUGAGGGAGAGGUUCUUGUUGCUUGGGGAGGAUACAGAGGUGAAUAGGAAGCGGGUCAAGGAAACCGAGGAGGUAGGCACACAAAGCGCGAAAGAGAGCGCCGAGAGGACGAUGGAGACGGUUAGGGAGGCGAUUGGGCUUGAUUAA